AUGGCUGCUCUGGACCCCAAGGUCGCCUCAAUCGUCGAUCGUGCCGCCAGAGAAGAUGACUCGGACGAAGAUGCUCUGAUUGCCGAGCUAGAGGACGAUUCCGAGCUGGAUGCGUUUCGAGAACGGCGGAUCCAGCAGUUGCACGAAGAGUAUGGAAGAGCCCAGGAAUUCAAGGCCAGCGAACAUGGCAGAUACACGGAGAUCAAGGACGAGAAGGCGCUGUUGGACAUUACGACGAGUACGAAGCUUUGUGUCGUUCAUUUCUUCAAGCCUGACUUCAAUCGCUGUAGAAUCAUGGACACGCACCUAGAGUCUCUCGCGCUGUCACAUUAUGAGGCCAGAAUAAUGAAAAUCAACGUGGACAACUGUCCGUUUCUGGUCACUCGAUUGGGUGUUCAAGUCCUGCCCUGUGUCAUUGCAUUCAUCGAUGGUAUAGGAGCUGACCGCAUCAUUGGAUUUGAAGGCCUGGGUCGAACGCCUGAGAACUUCACAACCCGCGAUCUUGAGGCCAGGCUGAUACGAGCCAAUGUUCUUGCGAGGAACAAAGUCACCGAAGAGGAUGAGAGGCGGCGGCUGCAAAAGAAAAACGCAAAGCAAGAGGAAGAGGACGAAGAUUGGGAUUGA